GGUAUGGAAACGCUGACUUGUCACUCCUGGGAUGGGAGGGUGCGGUUCCUGGAACAGCAGAACAAGGUCCUGGAGACCAAGUGGAGCCUCUUGCAGGAGCAGGGCUCUGGCACUAACACUAACAACCGCAACCUGGAGCCUUUUUUCGAGAACUACAUCAGCAGCCUCAGGGCCUUUCUGGAUGGUCUGCUUGUUGAGAAGGACAAGCUGCAUGAGGAGCUGAGGAGCAUGGAGGGGAUGGUGGAGGACUUCAAGAAGAGAUAUGAAGAGGAGAUCAACAAGCGCACUGCGGCAGAGAAUGACUUUGUCGUCUUGAAGAAGGACAUUGAUGCUGCCUACAUGACCAAAGUGGAACUGGAGGCCAAGGUGGACAGUGUGACAGAUGAGAUCAACUUCUUGAAGGCCCUCUAUGAUGCUGAGCUGUCCCAGCUGCAGUCAGACAUGGGCGACACGUCCGUGGUCCUGUCCAUGGACAACAACCGCUUCCUAGACCUGGACAGCAUCAUCGCCGAGGUCCGCGCCCAGUAUGAGGCCAUCACUCAGAGGAGCAAGGCUGAGGCUGAAGCUCUGUACCAGUCCAAGUUGGGUGAGUUGCAGACCACAGCCGGCAUGCAUGGAGAAGACCUGAAGAGUACCAAGAGUGAGAUUAUGGAGCUCAACCGGAUGAUCCAGAGGCUGCGGGCUGAGAUUGAGAGUGUCAAGAAGCAGAAUGCCAACCUGCAGACAUCCAUCGCUGAUGCAGAGCAGCGCGGGGAAGUGGCCCUCAAGGAUGCCAAUGCCAAGCUUCAGGAUCUCAAGGCGGCCCUGCAGCAGGCCAAGGAGGACCUGGCCCGGCUACUGAAGGAGUACCAGGAGCUGAUGAAUGUCAAGCUAGCCCUUGACAUUGAGAUUGCCACCUACCGGACCCUCCUGGAGGGCGAGGAGUGCCGGAUGUCUGGGGAGUGCCAGAGUUCUGUGAGCAUCGAGAUGGUUCACAGCACGACCAGCAGCAGCAGUGGCGGCAGCGGCGUCCUGGGAGGAGGAGCUGGGGGUCGAGGAGGCCUGGGCAGCGGGGGUCUGGGGAGCGGCGGUCUGGGCAGCGGGGCUCUGGUCAGCGGAGGCCGGGGCAGCAGAGCCAGCCGCGGGGGCCUGGGCUUGGACGGCAGUUCCGGCGGGAGCUCAGCGGUGCGCGGGGGCGUCUCCAAUUCCGGGGGCUCGUGCGCCGUCAGCGGGGGUGGCGGUCGCAGCUCGGUCCGGGUCACACAAAGCUCCUCCCAGAGCCAGCGGUCCCAGCACAAACUCUGAAUGUUGUCUCGGACCCACCAGCCCCCUUCACCUGCCGGCACACUCUAGCUCUGUACGCCCUUUCACAUACCGGUGGGACCUUUUCCCUACGUAGCUUCUGCGGCUGGCAUCGCAGCCCAAAAUUUCCUGGGAAGGGUGAUCUGGCGGAAAAACCAUCCACUCCCAUAAGGCCGAGCCGCGGGGCAGUGCCCAGGGGCUGGGCUUUGUCACCGCCCCCGUCCCGCAGGGGUCUGCACCCCAGCGCAUGUUCCACUGUCCUAUGGGAAAGCCCCAGCCAGCCCUGUGCACACCCGGCUACCCUCACCCCUACCCCGGCGCCCCCUCUCCCCCCAAUCUCCUGCUGAUGUUUUGGUUUCCCUCAAGCAGUACUUUUCCUUUCUUGGCCCCAAGAUAUGUAUGAAUUUUCUGUUCUGUAUCUUCA